AAUUCGCUCACAAAACAUGGCUUACAAGUUUAUCAUCUUCCUCGCUUCUGUAACUCAAGCUGCCAUCGUGCCGGUAGCUCCAGGAACAGCUGUGUUUCCAGCAGCCCGAGUUGCAGCAGUUCCAGCAGCACCAGUUCUUGCUAAACUUGAGGAAUUUGAUGCCAAUCCUCAGUACAGUUUUGCCUACGACGUUCAGGAUGCUUUAACUGGUGACUCAAAGGCUCAAUACGAAACGAGAAAUGGAGACAUUGUCCAGGGAAGCUACAGUUUUAUUGAAGCUGAUGGAACUCGAAGAAUUGUUGAUUAUACUGCAGAUCCAGUUAAUGGAUUCAAUGCAGUAGUGAGCCGUGAACCAGCAGUUGCUGCUGUAGCUCCAGUAGCUCCUGUGGCUCCUUUAGGAAUAGCACCAGCAGUACCUGUAGCCCCAGCAGCUGCAGAAAUACCAGCACCAGCUCCAGCACCUUCUAUUCCUGCUGAUGGACCUGAUUCGGAUGUUGAAGUCAUUGAUGCACGUUCUGGACCACUUCGGCAAAGACCUUCAUCUGAAGACAAUUCUCAACCACGUGAACUUUUCGCAAGGAUCAACAGAAGACCAACACCCCAAGCAGAAUCAAGACAACAAUUUGAGUCAAGACAACAAUUUGAAGCAAGACAACAAACAGAGUCAAGACAAAAUUCUGCACCUUUGAGAGCUCUUGCCAGUAGACUUCCUUCUCAACCCGCCUCCGCUGAACAAAAAUCAGCAUCAUCAGAGCCUCGUAAUGCUCCAGAACAACGCCAACAACUAGUUCAACGUCCAGCAGCUCUGACUUAUCCUGCAUACACCGCCUACACGGGCGCUUACACCUCGCCACUGGCCUUCUCUGCUCCUGUUGCAGGACUUACUUACACAGCUUUGAACUUGUAAU